AAAUAUAUAAAUAUAUAUACAUAUAAAGUUACCUAACUGCACAGAUUGCAUGAUACACUUGCUGCGGAUUCGCCAAAUCCAAUGCGUCAUUCGUUAAUGACGUCAGUCAUCCCCUGCAGGAUCGAUGACGUAUAACGGCAAACCAUUGGUCAACACGCGUUGAUUUUUAUCACGUGGCACGUUCCCUCUUCGCUGCUGCUUGUCUCCUAGCAAAUGACGAAGCGCGAAAUCCAGCUUCCCUUUCCGUUUUCUGUAACAUACGUAUGUGCGGCUCGUGCUGGCUCGUGCGGGCGUGUUAAGUGUGCUUUGCUUUCGCGGGCAGAACUUUGCUGAACUUUGCUCACGAUACACUAAGCUACGUAGAGGUUAUAUUUAAAUUAGAAUGGCAGAGGCGGCGUUAACGGAGGAAGAAUUGACACAGAAGCACAAGAAGGAACGGAAGGAACUGCAAGCGCAAAUACAGACUCUGAAGAAGUCCAUUUGCAAAGGUGACAAGAAGAAGAAGAAGGAGAUUACAGAAGAGAUAGGCCGCUUAGAGGAGAACUUGGAGAAACGCCAAGUGGAGGAAUUGAAUACAUGGAGACUGGCUCAUGUUACACUAAAUGACAAGCAGACGGAGUCCGCGGAAGCGAGCGAAGAAAUUGAUAGAGACAACUGCUCGGAGCAAUCGAUGCACAGGGUUUCCAAAGCACAGAAGAGGCGGGAGAAGAAAGCAAUCGCAGAGAAGGAGCGCAAUCAGAGGAUCAUUGAACAGGAGGCCCUUAACGUCUUUGGCAAGAGGAAUGUCGAGAUAGAAGCCAUAAAGAAGAUACUUUCUGAGCGCGAGUUAAUGAUCUACGAAAUUCCUAGCGAUGGCCACUGUUUAUAUAAUGCCGUGGCACAUCAGCUUAAGAUAAACGGAGAGACGCCUCUUAGCCUGCAUGAUCUCAGAACAAAGACUGCUGACUAUUUAAGAGAAAAUAUGAACGACUUCUUGCCGUUUCUCUCCAACCCUGAUUCUGAUGAUUUAUUGACCCCUGAGGAGUAUGAAAAGUAUUGCAAUGACGUGGGUGAGACAAGUGCUUGGGGCGGCGCUGUUGAGCUGCAGGUACUAUCACGUAUACUGAAAUGCCCAAUCGAAGUUAUACAAGCUGUAGGGGCUCCAUAUAUCGUUGGAGACGAAUACAGUAACGGCAAGAAGGUGACGCUUACUUAUCAUCGUCAUAUGUACGAGUUAGGCGCUCAUUACAAUUCUGUUACGAAGUAUGUCCAGGAUGAAGAAAGCUGAUAAAGGUCUGCUUUAGGACUUUAUUUUUAUUUCGUUAUAGCAGUCUUCAACUUUUAUUAUUGAUCGAUAAAUUAAUCAAUUAAUGUGAUGAAUUAAGCAUGUUUUGAUUUACGAAACAUGUUUUUGCCCACUAAAUAAAACUAAUUUAUUUUAUGUGGAAAAUUUAAUAUAAAUUUUAAUAGUAUAAAAUAUUUUUAUCAAUAAAUAUACAGAAAAAUAUUGAAAAAGCUGCCAGCAGAAUAUUUAAUCUUCCUAUGAGAGAAUUGCAUUUCUAAACUUUACAUUAUUGUGAUGAUUAUUAACGAUAAAAUGUUUAUAAGUAAAAUUCUUCAAAUGUGUGUAUAGUGACUGUUAAAGUACUAAAUAUAAAAUGCAUGUAAUUAAUUUUUCUAUAAAUUAUGUAUAUUAUAUAUUACAGUAAUGUCUAUUUACACCCAUGUAGAUUAAUUUUGAGGUCAGCUUAUUCUUUAUCUUUCUAAUUUUUAGAACUAAAAAAAGAUAAAAAGCAAAUUAAGCUGAGAUCAAAGUUAAUCUGCACAUUGGUGAAAAUAGAUGAAUGUGUAAUGAAAAUAUAACAAAAUAUAUUAUUGGUCUGAUGUAAUCUUAAUGGUCACACACAUUUUAGGAAUUCUUUUUUACAAUCAUUAGUUAGUUAAAAAAAAAAAUACAUAUCAAUGAACCAUCAGUAAAACGUAUUUGCCUGGUUAUUUCAAAUAGUUUACUGACUUACAUUUUGACUGUGCAUAUUUAGAGCUAAACAUGACUGAAAGUUCCAUAUAAAUUCUACUGAAUUAAUAAAUUUUCUGUAGAUCCAUAGAAUACAUUUUUAUCGUAUAUUUAACAAAUUACAUCCUAAAAAGUUUUAUAUACUAUCUUAGUAUGUCUUAUCAUAUCAGAACUUGAGAUUUAACACUGAAACAGUUCUUAGCAUAUUAUUGUGUGAGCUUAUAUUAAAUGGGCUUCAAAUAGUCAUAUUUAGCGCUAGACGUGCGAUGGUAAUGUGGGCCGUAGGGACGUUUAGAAAUAUUUACUAAAAUAUUUUACUGCAAACUAUAAAUAUCUCGGCGAGUUAAUGUGAGCUUAUGAUGAAGCUCUUGUGUUAUUACGGAGAGAGAUUAAAUUUAUAUAGAAUUAUAUUUAUUUUCCAAAUAGAUAUCAGACAAUAUAAACAUGCUGCCAGCAAAUAUGCAAAUACUUAUUAAGAUUCGAUGUUCUUUGGCUUGUUCCAAAGAUUGAAGUAUAUGUUACUCUCUUAUUGCGCAUACUAUUUCGUGUUCAUUAAUAGUCACGUUUGGAAAUAUCAAGCGGCUAUCAAAUGUAUAUCUAUAAGAAAUGUUCGAGAUUGCGUUUCAAAACUAUACACGGAACAGUUUAAUAAAUUAGCGAUGUGAUUUGAUUUGAAAUGAGAAAGGAUAAAACUGUAAAAGUGUAAAAGAUAGACUGUUUUUAUCAUUUCAUUCAUUUCAACUCGUGAGAAUCAACUUUAGUCCUUAAUUUUUCAAACAGACUCUCGAAUUAUGUAGCUUAAUACUUUGUAUCUUGGAGCGACAUUGAGUCAAGUAUUUUGGAGUCUUUAAAUACAGAAUGUUCCUUACUUGCAAAAAUUUAUGUAGUCUUCUAACAUUGUUUCUCGAUUAACUUCACAGAUUUUUUAUGUAAUUUUAAUAUUUUGAAUUAUUUAUGAUUUCGAUCGUAUAAUAAAAUGAGAAAGAAUAUAAAUGAUUUAUAAUUGUUAUGUUAGAACACGUUAAGGGAUACUAUAAUAUAUACAAUGACAUUGUUCCCAUGUUUUUGCAAUUUUUGUAAAUGUAUAUAUUUGGUCGUAUAUAAUGGAUGUGUUGUAGUUGGGUAUUAAAUAAAUAUGAUACAUAUGA